ACUUGGAAGGGUGGUUUGUGGAGAAGAGAAAGGGUUAGGGUUUUGUUUUGGAUUCUGUUUUUUUGGUUACUUGCUGUGAAGAAGAAACAAGAAAAUGUUCAACGCUGAUCCUUCAUUGCCUAAUGUUUCUACCCUCACCACUGAACAGAUUCAAAAGUACUUGGAGGAGAAUAAGGAGCUGAUAUUGGCAAUAUUGGAAUAUCAAAACCUGGGAAAGUUUGCUGAAAUAGCACAAUGUCAAGCCAAACUUCAGCAUAACUUGACUUAUCUGGCCAAACUUGCUGAUGCUGGUUCUCAGUCACCGACCCCAUCUCAGGGGCAAGGCAUGCGCCAACUCCAAGGUGCUAUGUCUCAGCCACAACCCGAUCUCUCUACGAACUUCCCCUUUGAGAUAAUGAAUGAUCAGCAACAACAGUUGCAGCAACAGCAUGUGACAAUGUCUCUACAUCAACCAGACAUCCCUUCUUCGAAGUUGCCUUUGCAGAUGAAUGAGCAAAACUAUAAGAUGCCACUUUUCCUCUAUCAGCAACAACCCAUCCCUGGAGCACCAAUGGUUAACUUUCCUGGUACUAAUGCUGCCAUAUAUCAGGCUUCUCAAAUCAGAUUCGGCAAUCUUCCAGAUACUCCAUCAAGCAACCAAACUGGCUCAGAUUCUGUUCCUGGCUGGUCUUAGAGAAAUUACUGUCUGGGAGGACAGCACCCACAACAUUUGUUCACUCAUAUAGAAACGGAAAAUGCAUCUUAUAUUUUGUUGAAAUAACUGUUUAUUUUUGGCGUUUCUGUUCUCAUACAAAUAUUAAAAUAUUA